UUUUUUUCUCUCCGAAUUGAGCUCCACAUUGUGAGGCAAGCUUAUGCUGCGUGUAUUGAAGAGCCAACUUCUGUGCCUAUAAAAAGUAAUAGGUACUUGCGAUGAUAAAUCAACAUUCAAAGAUAAAGGAUAGAGAGAUGGCAGGCCUUACCAACGGAAGCUCUCACUUUCAUAUCAACAUUCCAACUAUAAAGUUCACCAAACUCUUCAUCAAUGGCGAAUUUUUAGAUUCUGUCUCAGGGAAAACAUUUGAGACCAUAGACCCGAGAACUGGAGAUGUGAUAGCCAGAAUUGCUGAAGGAGAUAAGGAGGAUGUUGAUCUAGCUGUGAAAGCUGCCCGUGAGGCGUUUGAUCAUGGCCCGUGGCCUCGAAUGUCCGGUGCUGCAAGGGCCAGGAUUAUGAUGAAAUAUGCGGAUUUGAUUGAUCAAAAUAUAGAAGAAUUAGCUGCACUGGAUACUAUUGAUGCUGGAAAAUUAUAUGGUUGGGGCAAAGCAGUAGACAUUCCUUCAGCUGCAAAUCACCUUCGUUACUAUGCAGGUGCAGCAGAUAAAAUUCAUGGAGAAGUGCUAAAAAUGUCUCGAGAGUUACAGGGAUAUACUCUGCGUGAACCCAUUGGUGUUGUAGGACACAUAAUUCCCUGGAACUUCCCUAGCUCUUUGUUCUUUUCCAAGGUUAGCCCAGCCUUAGCUGCAGGAUGCACCAUGGUUGUCAAGCCAGCUGAGCAAACCCCUCUUUCAGCUCUAUUUUAUGCUCAUCUUGCUAAGCUAGCUGGUAUUCCUGAUGGAGUGAUCAAUGUUGUGACUGGGUAUGGACCAACAGCUGGUGCCGCCAUUGCGUCUCACAUGGACAUUGACAAGGUAAGUUUUACAGGGUCUACUGAAGUGGGGCGUUCAGUGAUGAAGGCUGCAGCGACAAGCAAUUUGAAACAGGUUUCACUUGAACUAGGAGGCAAGUCCCCGCUCCUAAUCUUUGAUGAUGCUGAUAUAAAUACAGCUGCUGAUCUCGCUCUACUUGGUAUACUGUAUAACAAGGGCGAAAUUUGUGCUGCAAGUUCACGUGUUUAUGUUCAGGAAGGAAUUUAUGAUGAAUUAGUUCAGAAAUUGGUCGAGAAGGCAAAAGCUUGGGUUGUUGGAGAUCCUUUUGAUCCUAAUGUUCGACAAGGACCACAGGUGGAUAAACAGCAGCACGAAAAAAUUCUUUCUUACAUUGAGCAUGGCAAAAGAGAAGGAGCAACAUUAUUAACAGGAGGCAAGCCUUUGUUCGAGAAAGGAUAUUUUAUAGAACCAACAAUUUUCACAGAUGUUAAGGAGGACAUGUUAAUAGCAAAGGAUGAGAUUUUUGGACCUGUAAUGUCGCUAAUGAAGUUCAAAACAGUAGAAGAGGCAAUCGAGAGCGCUAACAACACAAGAUAUGGUUUAGCAGCAGGCAUUGUGACCAAGGACUUGAAUGUGGCCAAUACUAUAUCAAGAUCAAUCCGCGCAGGCAUCAUUUGGAUCAACUGUUAUUUUGCCUUUGACAGGGACUGCCCUUAUGGAGGAUACAAGAUGAGUGGAUUUGGAAGAGGUUAUGGAAUGGAAGCCCUCCACAAGUAUCUCCAAGUUAAAUCUGUUGUAACUCCCAUUUACAAUUCUCCAUGGCUAUGACCAACAAGCCUCUGGCUCCACAAUGAAGGAACACCUCCUCCCUGAUUAUGAUAUGCAUUGUGUUUCUACAUUGCACCAAAUAAAAUUUUCUUCUCAUA